UUAUAAUAUAACAUCUUUAUUUUCGGACCCAGCAGGACUCUGUCUACUGGCCAGAGGUAGAACAGUCGUCCGUGACCUUUGGCCCGUACCGCGUGGAGCUGCUGGGUGUCCGCACAGCGGAAGGAAUUACUACGAGGUUCAUGCGCAUUCACCUGCCACAGCUGUACGACUUUAUCACCGGGGAGAAUAGUCAAGGGGAGGCCAAAGCUUGGCAUGACGUCACACAACUGACUUCCUGUUUGUGGCCGGACUCUCUGCUGAUGUCAGAGGCUGUGUCCACACUGCAGCUGCUGGUCAACGCCGCUCAGCCGGAACCAGAAAACCUGGUGUUGGUCCACUGCAAGGACGGACGUAGUCGCAGCGGCUUGUUCUGUGUCUUGUCCGUCGUCAAAGAGCGCAUGCGCAGCAACAGUGACGUCGCAAUUAGUUACGUCACAGCACACCUGAGUGCCCCAGAAGGAUGCAUCGUUAUAACCCAGGACCAGUACGAGUUUCUCUUCUACUUUGUCCAACACCAAAUCGACGCCAUGAGGGGAGAAGACUUGUCCAGCGAGUCACAGUCGGAGUCGGGGGACACAACUCUGGCCGAUAUCUGGACCAUCUAAGUGGGACACAU